AUGGAUUCUUCCUCACCUAAACCUGCAGAUGAUUUGAAAAAGGAAGACAUUGAAUUGGAUGGAGAAGAAGUAGAGUCUCCUAAAGCUGGUCACAAAAAGAAGAAACAAGAAACUGGUUCAGUUCCAAAGGUUAAGCCAAAGAUCAAGAAGAAAUGUAGAGUAGUACCAAGGUCAUGGGUAUGGGAUCAUUUUACAAGACUCGCUGGAGUAAAAGAUAGGUGUCGUUGCAAUUAUUGUACUAGAGAGAUGGGUUGUGCGACAACUAAUGGGACUUCUUAUCUGAAAAAUCAUCUAAACAUCUGCAAGGAAUACAAGAUAUGGCAGGAAUGCAGAAAUCAGACUCAACAAGUUAUAAAUCCUACUAGUGAUGGUGAUGGUAGUGCUUGUUUGCAGCUGUCCAGAGUUAGUGAAGAGGUGUUUAGGGAAGCUACUAAUGAGAUGCUGGUUCUAGGUGAAUUGCCACUUUCAUUUAUAGAAAGUUUGGCAUGGAAACACUUUUGCAGUAAGGUUAAACUCUACAAACCCCACUCUCGAAGGACAUCAACUAGGGACAUUGUGGAGAAGUAUGUGAAGAAGAAAGCAGAAAUGAUGAAGAUUAUUGCUGCUAAUAAGCAAAGGAUUUCUCUGACAACAGAUAUAUGGGUUGCACCUACGACUGGAGCUAGCUACAUGGUCAUCACAGGACAUUUUGUGGAUGCAAAUUGGCGCCUAAAGAAGAUGAUUAUUGGUUUCAAGCACGUGCUUGACCAUACAGGAGAAACAAUAAAUUCUGUGCUUCUUGAUUGUUUGCCAGAAUGGGGAAUAAGAAAGAUCUUUACAAUCACUGUUGAUAAUGCCACUGCCAACACCAAUGCUAUGAAGAAGUUUAAGGAGGCAUUUAGCUUAGUAGGACAUGAUGCACUAGUUUUAGGUGGACAGUUCAUGCAUUUGCGUUGUUGUGCUCAUAUCAUUAAUUUGGUAGUCAAGGAUGGUUUACGGGAUCUUAAUAAGAGUGUGGAAGCCAUUCGAACUGCUGUGCAGUAUGUGAGAGGUUCAAGUAAAAGAGUCCAUGCAUUUGAGCUGAAGGUAGAAAGUGGAAAGAUGACAAGGGGAAGCUUAUCAUUGGACUGUCAAACAAGAUGGAAUUCAACUUUUCUGAUGUUAACAAGAGCUUUGAAAUUCAGGUCAGCCUUUGAUAGAAUGGAGGCUGAAGAUAAGCUAUAUAAUGAUUAUUUCUCUGAAAGCAUUGAUGGAAUCAAGAGGACUGGACCGCCAACUAAGCAUGACUGGGAUGAAAUAGAAAGGUUAGUAAGGUUUUUAGUCAUCUUCUACAACUCCACCUUAGUGGUUUCAGCUUCAUCAAAUGUCUGCUCUUAUAAAUGUUACAAUGAGAUUGUAACUAUAGAGAGGAACUUAGCAUUGAGCACUAAUUCUGAUGAGAAGCUCAGGUCAAAAGCAAAUGCUAUGAGAGAGAAGUUCAAUAAGUAUUGGGGUGGAUUGCAGAAAAUAAAUAAGAUGCUGAUCAUAGCUAGUGUGUUUGAUCCGAGGAACAAAAUGAAAUUUGCUGGUCUUUGCUUUGAUAUGCUAUAUGGUAAAGAUAGUGCAGAAUCAAUAGAGCUUAAUAAAUCAGUAAGUGAUGUUUUGGGAAAGAUGUUUGAAGAGUAUUCUUCUCAGUCUCAGUCACAAUCGGGUGCAACACCAGCUCAGAGUGGACAAGAGUCUCAAUGUGAUUUAAGCCAAAAAAUGGAUUUAGACAGUGAUCUUGAAUAUCUUAGGAUGGAUACUAUGUACAACGAGAUGGUCAAUGAGAUAGGAUUUCAAGAUGCAAGUACUGAGUUGGAGUUAUAUCUUAAGGAGAAAGUGGAAUGUCCAAAGACUAACCAGCUUGGGAUACAGUUUGAUGUUUUGGGCUGGUGGAGGAUCAACACUCCUAAGUAUCCUGUUUUGGCCUUAAUAGCGAAGGAUGUACUUGCUAUGCAAGUGUCCUCUGUUGCCUCAGAAUCUGCCUUUAGCAACAGUAACCGCAUCUUAGACCCAUCUAGGAGCUGCUUAACUCACUACAUGCUUGAAGUUCUAAUGUGCAGUGAGCAGUGGUUAAAGGGUGAAAUUCAGUUGAAUGAGAAAGGAGUGGUUACCACACAGCAAAUGCUUGCUGAAAUUGAAUUGCAGGAUAAUCUUGAGAGAGGUAAGUUACUAACUUCUAUAAUCUGUUCAUGA